AUGAAUGGUCGAAACAGUCCACGAGUGAAUGGUUUAGAAAGAAUUCCACGUCCUUUUAUAAUUGGUGUCGCAGGUGGUACAGCAUCGGGAAAGUCAUCAGUAUGUUCUAAGAUAAUGGAUCAGUUGGGACAAGCUGGUGUUGAACAUCGUCAAAGACAAGUCGUUAUUAUUAGCCAAGAUGCUUUCUACAAGAAUCUAACGCCAGAACAAGAUGCUAGAGCUAAAAGAGGAGAAUUUAAUUUUGAUCAUCCAGAUGCUUUUGAUUUUGAAGCAAUGACUAAGGCAUUAAAAGAUAUAGCAGCUGGAAAGACAGUUCAGAUACCAGAAUAUGACUAUGUUAAUAAUUGCAGACGUGAUGAUGGUAUGCAGGUACAUCCAGUUGACGUGGUAUUAUUUGAAGGAAUAUUAGUAUUUUAUUUUAAAGAAUUGCGUGAAAUGUUUCAUAUGAAGUUAUUUGUUGAUACAGAUCCUGAUACAAGACUGUCUAGAAGAGUAUUAAGAGAUAUACAAGAAAGGGGAAGAAGUCUGGAGAAGAUAUUACAUCAAUAUACUAGUCUUGUUAAACCUGCUUUUGAAGAAUUUUGUCUACCAACAAAGAAAUAUGCUGAUGUUAUUAUACCACGUGGUGCAGAUAAUACAGUGGCUAUUGAUUUGAUUGUUCAGCAUAUUCAAGAAUUGUUACGACCAACUAAAGGUGGAAAGAGAACCAGACACAAUUCAGACUCGUUUGUAGGCCGGCCUCACUGA